UCCAAAUUUGUUGGGAUAUUUUACUUCCAAACAGACAUUUUUCGACAAAAAGAAUACGAGUGCAAAUAGGUUACAACCUGUCUUGCCAGCCCCAAUACUCAUACAUUGCUGCAAGCUAACUGGCUACUAGUAGCUUCGACUUGAGGGAUUGUUCCUUAACGUGCGUGAAAAACAAAUCGCUUCCUUCUUUUGAAGAGGAUAAAGAGGACCUGCGCUGCAUAGCUUGUUCUGAAUGUCAUUUUCCUGGGGUCUGGAUUUUAUUCUACCAACGGAGUUUUAUCUAAAUCAGGCUAUUCCAUCUACUAGUAUCUUGAUAUUAGGACGACAGCGACGGGUGUCGGAAAGGUGUUAUCGAGGCAGCACAGAGGCAGAGAGUGAGGAUGCUGACUGGUAAAUUGGUGAAAGACAUAGACAGAUAUCAAGCUGUCCUUACCUCGCUACUAUCACUCGAGGAGAACAAAUUCUGCGCGGAUUGUGAAUCAAAAGGUCCCAGAUGGGCGUCAUGGAACCUGGGUAUAUUCAUCUGUAUCCGCUGUGCUGGGAUCCACAGGAACCUGGGCGUCCACAUCUCCAGGGUCAAGUCUGUCAACCUGGACCAAUGGACACAGGAACAGAUACAGUGUGUUCAGGAGAUGGGGAAUGCCAAGGCCAGACGACUUUAUGAAGCUUUCCUACCAGAGUGCUUCAUACGACCAGAGACUGACCAGUCAGCAGAGAUGUUCAUCAGGGACAAAUAUGAGAAGAAGAAGUACAUGGACAAGAUCCUAGAUGUCAACAGGCUUAGAAAAGAGAAGACCUGUGAAAACAUCCCCAUGGAGCCAGUAGUGUUUGAGAAGAUGAAGUUGAAGAGAGAAAACAGCCCAAAGACACAGACCCAGUCUCCAUCUAUCUCAGACCUCCUAGGACUUGACGCUCCUGCUCCUCAUGCUGUUGUAUCUAAUGGUAGAUCCAGCCCUGGAGAGAGGGGGUGUCCUGCGGCGGCUAACCCAGCUACGAUGCAUUCUGACCUGAAUCUAUUCAGCCCCCUGCCUGCCUCCUCCACCACCUCCACCAAGACCACAGUGAGAUUCAGAGAGAGGGACCAGUUAUACACAGACAGAUUGACAAACAAACAGACAGACACACCGGUGGGUAGCUCCAUGCCCAGGGGUUGUGUGGCUGCAUCGGUACCCGAGAACCUCAGCCUGUUCCUGGACUCAGCACCCAGACAGGAGGGCUCUAGGACAAAGAUGUCUAAGGACUCCAUCCUCUCCCUCUACGGAACCACACCCACAUGGCACCAGAACCUGGCUGCACGAGCUGGCCUGUACAUGAACCCAGCCCAGCUGGGCUACUACGGAUCAUACCAUUCCCUGGCCACGCAGGGGGGAGCGAUGGGAGGAGGCAUGAUCACAUCACACUCCAUGAUGGCCCUGAGUGGUCAGCAGCAGAACGGUGUGAUGGGAGGACCGCAGAACGGAAUGGUACUAGCACAGCAGAAUGGAAUGGUACUAGCACAGCAGAAUGGAAUGGUACCAGCACAGCAGAAUGGAAUGGUACUAGCACAGCAGAAUGGAAUGGUACCAGCACAGCAGAAUGGAAUGGUACCAGCACAGCAGAAUGGAAUGGUACCAGCACAGCAGAAUGGAAUGGUACCAGCACAGCAGAAUGGAAUGGUACCAGCACAGCAGAAUGGAAUGGUACCAGCACAGCAGAAUGGAAUGGUACUAGCACAGCAGAAUGGAAUGGUACUAGCACAGCAGAAUGGAAUGGUACUAGCACAGCAGAAUGGCUUUAUGGCUCAACAGGGUGUCAUGGGGCAAGCGGUCAACACAUCCCCGUUCCUGGUAGGAGUGCCCCACAACAUGAUUGCUCAGCAGCAAAGCAUCAUGGGAGCUCAGCAUAAAGGUAUGAUGGGAGCUCAGCAGAACGGCAUGAUGGGAGCUCAGCAGAACGGCAUGAUGGGAGCUCAGCAGAACGGCAUGAUGGGAGCUCAGCAGAACGGCAUGAUGGGAGCACCGCAGAACGGCAUGAUGGGAGCUCAGCAGAACGGCAUGAUGGGAGCUCAGCAGAACGGCAUGAUGGGAGCACCGCAGAACGGCAUGAUGGGAGCUCCGCAGAACGGCAUGAUGGGAGUUCCGCAGAACGGCAUGAUGGAAGUUCCGCAGAACGGCAUGAUGGGAGCUCAGCAGAACGAUAUGAUGGGAGCUCAGCAGAUCGGCAUGAUGGGAGCUCAGCAGAACGAUACGAUGGGAGCUCCGCAGAACGGCAUGAUGGAGGCUCAGCAGAACGGCAUUAUGGGAGCACAGCAGAACGGCAUGAUGGGAGCUCAGCAGAACGGCAUGAUGGGAGCUCAGCAGAACGGCAUGAUGGGAGCUCCGCAGAACGGCAUGAUGGGAGCUCAGCAGAGCGGCAUGAUGGGAAUUCCGCAGAACGGCAUGAUGGGAGCUCCGCAGAACGGCAUGAUGGGAGCUCAGCAGAGCGGCAUGAUGGGGGCUCAGCAGAACGGCAUGACGGGAGCUCAGCAGAACGGCAUGAUGGGGGCUCAGCAGAACGGCAUGACGGGAGCUCAGCAGAACGGCAUGAUGGGGGCUCAGCAGAACGGUAUUAAGGGGGGAGUGGCGGCCGUGCCUCAGCAGGUGUACGGAGUACAGCAGUGUCAGCAGCAACAGUGGAACAUCACUCAGAUGACCCAGCACAUGGCGGGAGUGAACUUCUAUGGAGCCAACGGCAUGAUGGGAUACGGCGGUCAGCACAUGGAAGGACCAACGACUCAAAGCUCCACCCACAUGAUGACAUCACACAUCUGGAAGUGAUGUCAUUAUCUGAAGAGGAAGUGAAGUUGAUGUCACUAGAGCAGCAGUGGUUCUUGGGAGGUUUCGAUCUGGCCUCAUGUACAGGCCAGCUUUUCUAUUAAACUCUCCAUCAGACA